CUCCUGAUUCCACUCUGUCGAUCGCCCGACUAAUCCUUCUACUACUACUUAUAUCCCCGCUCAAGGCUUGGCCACACCCAGACUCAUGUCCUCAACCAUGGGCGCCCAACCACCUCCCCCGCGCAAGCGGACUCGGGUCAGUCACACCAAAGUGCGCACUGGGUGUCGGACAUGCAGGUACGCUACUACGCACGAAAGCCGGCACCGUGCGGGGUCCUCCUCAUUGACGCUGGCCUUCUAGGAUCCGUCAUAAGAAGUGCGAUGAAACCCGUCCCAUCUGCCUCAUGUGCAGCACCACCGGCCGCGUCUGCGAUGGAUACCAGCAGACCCUCGACCGGAGGACCCGCGCCUCACGGCUCCGGCUGCUGUCGUCGACGCCCUCGUCCACCGGCAGCACGUCGCCCCCCGCGGUGAUCAUGCCGUCGCUGGUGUCCGAUCUGAUCCUCCACACCAACCAGGUCGACCUCACCCGCCAGGAGCGGUGGUAUCUCGACUUCUUCCGCCGCAGCACCGCCUUCCAAUGCUCCGGCUACUUCGACGACGACUUCUGGCUGCGCCUCGUCCACCAGGUCACCGAGGCCGAGCCCGCCGUCCGCCACGCCGCCAUCGCCCUCAGCGCCCUGCACUGGAACUUCGAGCGCACCAGCUCCGGCCAGGGCCUCUCCGACACCCGUCUCCCCCUCCAGCAGUGCGCCAAGGCAAUCACCUCGCUGCGUCACCAGCUCACCGGCGGCCGCCUCCCCUCCCGCUCCAACAUGGAGAUCACCCUUGUGACCUGCGUGCUCUUCGUCUCCUUCAUGUUCCUCCAGGGCGACACCCACCUCGCCUGCACCCACCUCCGCGGCGGCCUCAAGCUGCUCCGCGAAUGGAAGACCACCGACCCAAUCGGCUAUUCCACCACCGGGGCCGUACUCAUGAAAGUCUUCGCGCGUCUCCAACUCCAAUGGUCCACCUUCGCCGACGAAGUCUUCAUCGAGCAAGACGACAACCGCUUCAACAUGCCCUACAUGGAAAUCAACGACCUCAGCAUGGAAGACCGCAUCGACUCCCUCGACAAGGCAGGCAACCUGCUGGUCAGCCUCGGCCGGCUCGUCCUCUCCCCGCGACCCCCCGACUCCUCCCCGCCAGGCUACUGCACCGUCCUCGACACCAAACGCAUGGCCAUCCUCAACAAACUCCAACACUGGACCUCCGAACUCGACCCCCUCCUCACCCAACCCUCCCCCUCCCUCCUCCCCCUCCGCGACCAAACCAUCCUCACCGUCCUCAAACUCUGGAGCGAAACUAUCUACAUCAUGGCCGCCUCCGAGAACCGUCUCGGCGGCGCCGAAUCGCGCUUCGACGCCUUCCACUUGCAUUUCGGCCACGCCGUCGCCCUCGCCAAGACCCUCCUCAUCUCCUCUACCGCACAGUCGAAUAUGCCCUCCUUCUCUAUUGGAAUGGGCAUCAUCGCCCCUCUCUUCUUCUGUGCGUUCAAGUGUCGGGACUGGUAUAUCCGUCGCGAAGCGUUACUUUUACUCAGGAGCUGUCAGCGCCAGGAGGGGCUGUGGACGACCCCCGGGGCGGUUUUGGUUCUUGAACGCUUGAUUGAGAUUGAGUCGGAGGGCUUAUUGCCGGGGGAUUUGGUUCCCGAGGCCGCUAGGAUUGAUUCCAUUCAUGUUAACAUUUUGCCGGAUGAUCGGAAGAUUGGCAUUUGGUAUCGGAGGAUGGGAGGGGUGGGGGUGGUGGUGGUGGGGGGGGAGUGGGGGAGCGUUUGGGAGAAGGCGUUGUUGGAUUAUCAUCUUGGCUAG